AUGGAUCCCCUCAGUAUCACCACCGGCGUACUUGGAAUCACCGAAUUCGCUUUUUCCAGCAUCAAUAAUCUUCGGAGCCUUAUUGAUGGCCUUAACGAAGCCAAAGAUAUGCUGCAAGAUGUUACAUCUGAUUUGGAAGCCAUACAGCUUCCACUUUCCGCUCUGGAGAAUCUUCAGAUUUCCGAUAGCACAACUUAUGACGAAACGAAAAAAGACCUAGAGAAGACCGGUGUCGCCGAAGCCGUGAAUAAUUGCGGACAGGCAUGCGCUGAAUUUACAAAGAAACUUGAGCAAUGGACAAAGCAUUCCAGUACUACGAAGCUUUCCCUCAGGGAUCGACUAUCAGUCGGCUUGUGGAACAAGGAAAAGAUUCAGACAUUCAGGACGCGGGUCUCUUCUUGCCGGGCUAUCGUCCAGUUUGCCAUCGGGAGCACCCAAUUAUUCAUACUGAUCCGAUCGGAAAAUACAUCCACGACAGCACGGGAAGAGACAAAGAAGCAACUACUAAUUAUCGAAGCUUCUAUCCAGGAGAACACCCAACUCAUAAAGAGAAAACAAGAGGAAGCGUUGCAGCGCAAGACGGAACUUGAAAGUCCCGAGGAUGAAGACGAAGAUGAAGACGGCGGCGCUCAGCGAGCCCUAGCCAUUCAAGAGAUUGAACAGCAAUCACGCGUGCUGGAAGUCGAGCAAACUGCUUCUACAGCUGUGUCCGAAUUAAUUUCGAAAUUUUCCGUACCGCAGCCUACCAACGCAUACAACAUUUAUUUUUCAGGUUGCCACAAUAAGGGCAUACAAGUCGGUCACAGCACAGGUACAAUCAAUUUCACCAGUUCUCUCCAUUAA